AAAGCAAACCUUCCCCUUCCUCCCUCAAGGGCUUGUCCGAGAACGGCGCGGCCCCGCCGUGAGGAGGAGCGGGAUGAACCCGGGCAGCCAUGGACACCGCCGGGACCGGGCCUGGGCCGGGAGGCAGGCGGGGAUGCUGCAGUAUGAAAACCCCUGGACCAUCCCAAAUAUCCUGUCCAUGGCGAGAAUGGGUCUGGCGCCAGUUUUAGGCUAUUUGAUUGUUGAGGAGAAUUUCAGCGUUGCCCUCGGUGUCUUUGUCCUGGCUGGCGUGACAGACCUGUUGGAUGGAUUUAUUGCACGGAACUGGGCUAAUCAGAAAUCAGCACUGGGAAGUGCUCUUGAUCCCCUGGCAGAUAAAAUUCUCAUCAGUGUGCUCUACGUGAGCCUAACUUGUGCAAAUCUUAUCCCAGUUCCACUGACUUCCAUGAUUAUCCUGCGGGAUGCGGCGCUCAUUGCUGCGGUUUUUUACGUGCGGUACAAAACUCUUUCUCCACCGAGAACACUGAGUAGGUAUUUUAACCCCUGUUAUGCUACUGCACAAUUAAAACCAACAUUCAUUAGCAAGAUGAACACAGCAGUUCAGCUGAUUUUGGUGGCGGCUUCUUUAGCAGCUCCUGUUUUCAAUUAUGUGGACAGCAUAUAUCUGCAGACAUUAUGGUGCAUCACAGCUUUCACAACGGUGACAUCUGCCUACAGCUAUUACCACUACGGCAGAAAAACUGUCCAGGUGAUCAGGAACAAGUGAAGUGGUGCAGGUGAUAAAGGUGAAGUGUUCCUGGAAGGGCAGGAAUGUGCUGUGCCCCAAGAGGCAGUGGUAUUGCUGCUGAGUUUUGGAUCAAAGCAUUCUUUGUUUUUCUGCUUAAACCAUGGCAUCACAAUGAAGUGAAAUUUGAACAUGUACUGUGUAUAUAUGUAGAGAGAGACUUUUCAAUGUAUUUUUAAUUUCUUUAAAAAUGAGGUUGUUUACAAAAACCAAAUAAAUAAGAUUCUUAAAAACAC